GCUUCACUCAAAUUUUGUUCGCGAUGGAUGCAAAAUCUCGCCAAACAGCUCUGAAAGCAUCUCCUCGAAUGCUGAUGUGCGUUGGACUGCCUGGGAGCGGCAAGUCAACCUUCUCGCAGCAACUCGAGCAGUGCACCGGUCAGGACACGAUCGGGUGGGUCCGUGCGUCCCAAGAUGAUCUCAAGUCCCGCGAUGCUUGCGAAGCACUGGUCGUUCGAACAUUGCUCAAGCAAGGAAGCACGGCGAGGCUGGUGCUUGACCGAGCUUGCGUUGAUCCCGAAGAGCGAGCAAUUUGGCUGAACAUCGCUCAACGACCAAAGACAGCGACUGCCGUGUUUUUCGAUAUUCCGGCACAAAUUUGCAAGGAACGCGUUAGUUUGCGGAAAGACCAUCCAACGAUUCGUUUUGGCGGCGGGCAGCGAGUUGUGGACGAGCUUGCGAAAAAGCUGAUUCCUCCAGCCAAAGCGGAAGGGUUUGCCGAAAUCGUUACCAUUCGUAGCUUGGAAGACAUGAACGCUCUUCUCGUUCGUUUCGGUGCAACUCCAAUCGCGUUGAGCAAGCUUGAAGCCAGUAGCACAUCCGACGACGGCGAGACAGACGAGUAUGACAACGGAGACGACGCGAGCUCCGACGCCGUCGUGCCAGCUGCCUCUGCUGCAUCCAGCGCGCCCGAAUCACAACUUGCUGCCAAAGCCAUGCCUGUGCCAGCUACUGGAAAAGGAAAGUCGGCUGCCCGCUCACACGACGCCAAUUCAGAGGCAACCCACGCUCAGACCCUGGAAAACUUUCACAAGUUCCCCCGCACGUACCACUUGUUUGAUGCGGGUGGCUCGGGGGUUGCCCGCGAUGACUUGGUCAUGGACGGGAAAGAGCCUCGGCGAUUCUUUGAUGGCAAAACGAUCAUUGCUCUCGAGGAGAAGGUGGACGGAGCCAACCUGGGCAUUUCGAUUGACCCUGAGCGAGGCGUGCUCUGUCAGAAUCGAGCGCACUAUGUCAAUUCAGCGACGCACAAGCAGUUUGCCACGCUGGACACUUGGAUCCAGGCGCAUGAGGCCGAGUUGCGCGAAAUUCUCGAGCCAGGCCGCCACAUCCUGUUUGGCGAGUGGCUGUACGCCAUGCACUCGAUUCACUACACCCGCUUGCCGUCCUACUUUAUUGCUUUUGACAUUUUCGAUGUAAAGGAGCAAAAGUUCUACUCGCGGCGGCGUCGAGACGCCUUUCUUCAGGCCACGACCAUCCCGAUUGUCCGACUGGUCGCCGAGCGCACAUUCAAGUCCAAGGACGAAAUCAAGACGCUGCUCAUGACCACUCGCUCUCAGUAUCACGACGGAAAUGUGGAGGGUCUGUACAUGCGCAUCGACAACGACGUCCCACAACAACAGCAAGGGGCCGCAUCUGCCUCGUCAUCAAAGAUCGCAGACACGGACUGCUGGAAUGUUGGGCGAUGCAAGGUGGUUCGGCCAGAUUUUAUCCAAGGCAUCACCGAGCAAUGGACGCGGAAAACGUUUGUCAAGAACAUGGUCGAGUACUGAGAUUGUGUUGUGGCUUGAAAUCAAAAAUGUGAAAAUGCAAACCAAAAAAACCAAAGUUGUUGUUGUGCAUUUUUCCGAUAACGUGCUCGCAUACAGGCACACGCACACACACAACCAACGGCAACAACAACAACAAAAACAACAAUAAACACACAUCAGC